AAUCAAAACCUUCAUUUGUGGUCUGUGAUCGAAACGAAAAGUGUCGCCCUAAAAGAACCUUUUUGAGAAGUGAUAUGGUUGUGUAAAAAGCCUAAAGUUGUGGACUAUAGGUUUCCCACAAGUGUGUCUAACCUUACGGAGGGUCUAAAUUUUCCUUCUUUCCACAGCGAUUCUUCUCCAUUUUUUGGACUUUGAGCCUUGAGGCUUUGUUCACAGAAGGUAAAUUGAUACCACAGUUGGGGCACUGCCUGGGUACUAAUUGUGGAUUGAGAGACAACUCCAUGUGUCUAUGUUCAUAAUACUUUUGAGAGUCCCAAAUUGCAAAUUAUAUUUGCAUGUAAACAUCCUUUGUGAAUUAAAUGUUAAUGUAAUAAAGUACAGGUUACUAGAGGUUAUUUAAAUCAUUCUUUGGUAAAUUUUUUGGGCUUUAAUGUUAUGCUGUGUUUGCUUUGUUUAAUCAUGUCUGCAGCCUGUUUGUUUCUAUGAUGUCUGUUUAUUUUGUGUUUAGAACAGUUUUGAUUGGGCAAAAACAAAUUUAGUCAUUAUUACAAGCGAUAGAUAGCAGUGGCGAAUGAUGGAAUUUAGAUGAAGGUAAGCCGUCCCAAAGAAAAUGAAAAUUAUAUAGCGUGAUACAUUACAACCAUAAAUAUGCAUGGAUUUCUAAAGGAGGUAACCUGGCGGGAAUCGGCUUGCACAAACUCUUCGCUGCUAUAUAUGGUUAAUCAGAAAAUCAAUGUUGAUAUAUGUUUUUAAGUCAUGGAAAAAAAGUAUUGAUUUGUCAAUGCCUCAUGGGAUGGAGUGUCAGUUUUCUUUGCAGUGAGUUUAUGGUAAAUGUAUUUUGUUCUAAACUUGAAAUUUGGUUCAUCAAUGCUUUAAAAAGCUAAAUGCUUGAAAUAAAUAAUGGAAUGAAAGACACAAUUGUGCAUGUGUCUUUCAUUUCAGUUUUGUAGCCUAUUAUUCGGAUUUUGUACACUUUAUGAGGUGAUUUUGUAGGGACGUAACCAAUCUAUAGUUUAAAAUUAUCAUUGGGUUCAUUAAAAUGAAAUGAGCUAGGAAUUCUGCAUUGAAGCAAUAUGAUAUUAAUUCUGUUAAGUUUCCUACUUUUCUUUUAGUUGGAAAAAAAAUUAUUACUAUUGUCUAUUUGUUAGUAUAUGAAUUUAAAACAUUUCCAUACAUGAAAAGCGCAUUUUUCAAAGUACCCUAAAACGGGGUAAAUAGGUCUAAUCUUCACUUAAUUAGAAUUUAAAUUUUCUUCUGUUACACAGGGUAUCUUAAAGUUUACAUAAGAAUGUGUGGUAAGCUCUUUUUGAUGUCAAAUAGCCUUAUUAUUUAUAAUUAGUCUCAUAUUUUGAGAAAUUCAUCAAAAACCUAUUCCAACUUAGCUCUGAUGGGGAUAAUAGGAUCAAUAAAGAGGUCGGAAAUUUGACUAGGGUUGUCACUCUACCCAAAACAUCUAAGAAAUAAAAGUAAAGACUGGAUGUCUUUACUUUUAUUUCUUUAAUGUUUACUUAUUGUGAAUAAAAAAAUCUUUUGUGAGAUUAUAUUUUUAUUACAACUAGUAAGUUUAAAAAAACAAAAAUAUCACAUUCAGAAUGGAAAUAAUAAAAUUUUAGGUAUCAAAUAUUUGAAUAAAAUAUAAUCUGGUAGGCAACAAAACUUAAAUAUUCUUCUUUCAAACCAAUGAAAAAAUAAUUGGGUAGAAAUAAAAAUUAUUCUUAAAUUUUCAAAAUUUCUUUUGCAUCUUCCUAAAUAUUCAGACUUCUUACCCUCUUCGGACGCAUUGAGAUAUUCUUUUCAAUUUAGUUAAUAGUGAAGUUACUAUUUCCUUCCUCAAAGGUAAUGGCAAUUUACAUUUUAUAUCUGAUAUUAUUUUAAUACCUGGCUUCUAUUUGACUUUCUUCCUUUGUUUCCUUUCCUUUCUCAUGGUCUUGUUUACUCUGGUUUUGAUUAUUUUGGACAUCAUCAGUUUUCACAGUAAUUUCUUGACAGUCAAAAUCAUCAGCAAAAAUAAUAGGCAUGGCCUCAAUGGAAAUAUUUCGAGAUCCUAUUGUAAUAACCUCAAUGGUUUCGAGGUCAUUACAAUAGGAUCUUUUAAUUCACCAGGCAUCUAUAUUUUUCAUUUCAUUUUUCUCUUUGCUUUGACCACAUAUUUCUAUAUUGUAAUUAAUGCUUUCACUGUCGUCGUUUCUCUGUAAUUUAUCAAUAGGUUUUGUUUUUUUGCCAAUUCUCUGCCCCUGUAAAGGUGUAAGUUUUGAAGUUGACACAUUCAUUUGUUUUAGCGUUCGUGUUUUUUUUUGGUUUCACAGGUUCCUGCUCUUUGUUGCUAUCUACUUCUCAGCACUUGCACUUCUUCCUGCCACUUUUUCUAGCUUUCUCUUCUUUUGUGGUUCUCUAAUAUUCAUGGACCCAUAGCGCAUUUCCUUUAAAAACUUUAUAAUACUGUCAUUUUAGUCUAUUCAUUCAUUUACUACUACUAAUAUUCCUUCAAUUAAAUAAAUACAUUGCCAUACAAAACUCAAAAGAUUACGAGGCAGAUAAUAAAGACUUCUGGUACUUGGAUUAUAUUCAAUUAAAUAGUGGAACGGUUCAGCUACUUCAGACAAUAAUUCAUUUUUACAACUUUGACAAUUACUAGAUUCUAGUUUUGUUAUUAAUUUUUUGUUAACAAAUAUUUGCAGAUUGCACCUGCAAUAUAUGACACAGCUUGAGUUUGGAAAACAUUUUUGGAAGGAAUAAAUUUUGAUAUUCACAUGUGUAAUCAAUAUAUUAAAUAUCUAUAUUUAGUCCAUUAACUAAACUCCUGAGAGAACCAAUCAUUUUAUCUUUUUAGCGACAGCAAUUUGCAUAUACAGAACUGUCAGAGGUCAUGUCGUUAAUAAACAAUGUCUUAAAUGAAGAAACAAAGUUGUGACAAUCUGGAUGUGUAUUACAGCCACCAUGACCUCUAAUUUGUGAAAAUAAAAUUCCAGGAAAUCCUGGAAGCCUGAGGAUCAAGAACUUCAUGCCCGAAAUGUUUUUAAAUCCGACCAAAGGUGUUUUACGGUUUUUAUAUCAUGGCAAAAGUUAUACGAAAUUGGCCUCAUUGCUCUUGAGCCUGUAGCAUCUUGAUUGAAGUUUUUCACUGUUUCAUUCCAAAACUCAAAAUGAUCAAAGAAAGAAGUAUCGAGCUGCUUUUUAAACACGUUUAUUAUAUCUGUGUAAAUGAAAACUUUACAGAUUUUUGCCAAUAUUUGUUCAAUUAAAUAAAUUCAUUGCCAUACAAGACUCAAAAGAUUACGAGGCAGAUAAUAAAGACUUCUGGUACUUGGAUUAUAUUCUCUCAAUUCAAUUAAAUAGUUGAACGGUUCAGUUACAUCAGACAAUAGUUCAUUUUUACAAUUACCAGAUUCUAGUUUUGGAGAUAAAUAUUUGCGUAUUCGGAAAUAAUAUUUUCGUAAGGAAUAAAUUUUGAUAUUCACAUGUGUAAUCAAUAUGUUGAAUAUCUAGUCCACUAACUAAACUCCUGAGAAAACCGAGCAUUUUACCUUUAUCGCGAGAGCAAUUUGCAUAUACUGUCAGAGGUCAUGUCGGUAAUGAACAAUGUCUUAUGAAGAAACAAAAUUGUGACAAUCUGGAUGUGUAUUACAGCCACCGUGACCUCUAAUUUGUGAAAAUAAAAUUCCAAGGAAUCCUAGAAGCCUGAGGAUCAAGAACUUCAUGCCCGAAAUGUUUUUAAAUCCGACCAAAGGUGUUUUACGGUUUUUAUAUCAUGGCAAAAGUUAUGCAAUGAAAUUGGCCUCAUUGCUCUUGAGCCUGUAGCAUCUUGAUUGAAGUUUUUCACUGUUUCAUUCCAAAACUCAAAAUGAUCAAAGAAAGAAGUAUCGAGCUGCUUUUUAAACACGUUAAUUAUAUCUGUGUAAAUGAAAACUUUACAUAUUUUAUUUGUUCAAUUAAAUCAAUUCAUUGCCAUACAAGACUCAAAAGAUUACGAGGCAGAUAAUAAAGACUUCUGGUACUUGGAUUAUAUUCUCUCAAUUCAAUUAAAUAGUUGAACGGUUCAGUUACAUCAGACAAUAGUUCAUUUUUACAAUUUUGACAAUUACCAUAUUCUAGAUUUGGAAAUAAAUAUUUGCGUAUUCGGAAAUAAUAUUUUCGGAAGGAAUAAAUUUUGAUAUUCACAUGUGUAAUCAAUAUAUUGAAUAUCUAUAUUUAGUCCACUAACUAAACUCCUGAGAAAACCGAGCAUUUUACCUUUAUAGCGAGAGCAAUUUGCAUAUACUGUCAGAGGUCCUGUCGGUAAUGAACAAUGUCUUAUGAAGAAACAAAAUUGUGACAAUCUGGAUGUGUAUUAGAGACACCAUGACCUCUAUUUUGUGAAAAUAAAAUUCCAGGAAAUCCUGGAAGCCUGAGGAUCAAGAACUUCAUGACCGAAGUGUUUUUAAAUCCGACCCAAAGGUGUUUUACGGUUUUUAUAUCAUGCAUCCUGUAGCAUCUUGAUUGAAGUUUUUUCACUGCUUCAUUCCAAAACUCAAAAUGAUUUGAUUCUAAUGAUAGAGCGUUACGUAAACUGGUGUUAUUAUGGCCAACAUCAUUAAGGCUAUCAAACCAAUUUGUUAUAAAUAAUAUAUCAGCAGUGAAAAAGCCAUUAUCAAUGUCGACUAUUGAGAGACUAAGUCGGUUGUAUUUUUUUAUUAAAGUUUUCAUUUCUGUCACUAUUUAUUAUGUGGUAAUCUUAAUGCCCGUCUUCCACUACGAAAGGGUUAAUGAGCGGUAAAUAGAUGAACCGAACGGACCAAAAUUGCAUCUGACUCAUGCCUUCGCUUAUGGGGCGCUAUUAGGCCGGGACUCCACCAAAGCAGAGAUGUGUGCGGUGUGCUGUGUGCUGUGCGAGAAGAGAUGUUUUUCAGCUCGCGGGACUCCACCAAAGCGGAGAUGUGUGCGGUGUGCUGUGUGCUGUGCGAGAAGAGAUGUUUUUCAGCUCGGGUGCCGGGCGUUGAGUGCUCAGUACGCAUUCUGACACGAAAGGUAGACGAUGUCGCUAUUAUUACAAAAAAAGUAUCUUCUUUUACUUGAAGAAGAACUACAGUCUGAAGAAGCAGAAUUGAUAGCUUUAUACUACCUAAACAAAAGAAAACAUCGGUUUUGGAAAAGAAGUCACUUGUAUUACCAUACCAGUCAUGGAGAAUUUUUUACUCUGUUUAAUGAGUUAGAUGAUGAAAGUUUUACCAAGUCCUACAGACUACCGAGGAAUAUAUUCUACGAACUACAUAACUUAAUUAAACCACAUAUAUUUAAGCAAGAUACUAACUACAGGAGAUCUAUCUGUACCCAAGAGCGGCUAGCAGUAUGUUUGAAGUAUUUGGCGACUGGUUCAAAAUUUUCACAAAUAGCUGAAAAUUUUAGGAUUGGAAAAUCGACUGUUCCAAGAAUUAUAGAAGAUGUCUGCGAUGCCUUGUGGACAGUAUUACAACCUUUGGUUAUGCCAGAACUUAACGAAAAUGAUUGGAAAAAAAUUUCAAAGCAAUUUGAAGAAAUCUGGCAAUUCAAAAACUGCGUCGGGGCCAUUGAUGGCAAGCAUGUGUACAUGUUUGCACCCCCAAAAUCUGGGUCCUCAUAUUACUGUUAUAAACACAGGUUUUCAACUGUAAUGAUGUGCGUAGCCGACGCUACCCGAAGAAUAAUUAUGGUAGAUAUAGGUUCAAUGGGAAGGUUCAGCGAUGGUGGUAUUUUUGCUGAUAGUAUAUUCGGAAUUCGUUUGAGAGAAAACAGACUAAAUCUACCACAGCCACAACCCUUGUACCAAAAUGGAGAACCUGAACCGUUUGUUUUUAUUGGAGACGAAGCUUUCCCUUUGAUGACUAACUUAAUGAGACCAUAUCCACGCGAUAAUUUAAAUAACGAAAAACGAACAUACAAUUAUAGACUUUCAAGAGCUCGUCGUAUUGUGGAAGCUACAUUUGGUGUAUUAUCACGGAAAUGGUACGUAUACCGUAAAGAAUUUGAAUGUAAAAUAGAAACAGUGGAAAAAGUGAUAAAAGCAACGUGUGUUCUACACAACUUUUUAAUUGACAAGAUGCCUGGCUAUCUAGAUAAUAAUGAAACGGGUUUGGCCACGACUAUGUUUAACGACACAAACGUGGAAAAUCUAUUAUCGAAUGACAAUAUGGAUGCCUAUCAAGUUCGAGAAAAAUUCUGUAGUUAUUUCAACAACGAGGGCGCCGUUCCAUGGCAAGACACUCGUAUUACAAUAUUACUUGAACGAAAUACUUAAUAUAAUAAAUUGCACUUACCGUCAGAUAA